AACAUUUUGUGGGUUUGAUGUACGCCUGUUUUACACAAAAUGCUUCUUUUCCAGGGACAAAUGCCAGCAAGGCAGAUGCUGCAUUUGAGAAGGAAUUAAGCUCUAUGGGAAGAGAUAAGCAUGAGGGUUUACAUAAAGUCGGAUUGCAAAUGUAUAGGAAACCACACCAACUUCAUUUCCGCUCUCAGGCUGAUGAAUUUUUGUAUUUAGAUGAGUUCUCUCGAUGCGGUGCUAAUAUGUGUGAACAGACAGUUCCUUCUACUAGUUGCAGGGUAGCUCAAUCAUCCAGUUCAUGUUCUUUGCCACAGAGGAAGUCAUCAAGGCUAUUAUCAAAGAGGAGGAAAGCUUGCUUGGAUUGGGACUUGCUAGAUUGGGAGUUUGAGAAGGUUGAGGAUGUAGUUCUUCUUCUGGAUGAUGAAGAUUUUUGUGGGAAGUCAAUGGACGUUUCAAGCGAUGAAUGGAAGGAAGUCAGAUUAUAUUAUCCUUCUCGGAAUGACCCGGAAUCUGUAGCACUCUCUUGCUCUGACAUGGAAUGCCUAAAUCCUGAACAAUUCUUAUCGUCGCCUGUAAUGAACUUCUACAUUCUAUACCUUCAAAGAACUGAACCCACAGCAUGUAGGCCACAGUGUGAUUAUCAUAUUUUCAACACAUUCUUUUUUGGAAAGCUUGAAAAAGCUUUAUCCCAGAAGGAUGAUAAAUCUGAAUGUUUUUUGAAGCUGAGGCGGUGGUGGAAAGGAGUUGAUAUAUUUUUGAAGGCAUACAUUCUUUUGCCAAUUCAUGGAAGUUCACAUUGGAGCUUGGUGAUCAUCUCUAACCCAGGAAAGGAAGACGACUCGGGUCUUCUUAUACUUCAUUUGGAUUCGUUGGGGCUUCACUCUAGCCAAGAAAUUUUCCGUAUUGUUUCUGACUUUCUCGAAGAGGAGUGGAACUAUGUGAACCAAAAUCCUAUUGCAGAUCUUCCUUUCCGAGGAGAUAUUUGGCAGCAUCUUCCACUCAGGAUUGAGAAGAAGAAAGUUAUGGUCCCGCAGCAGAAAAACAAGUACGAUUGUGGGAUCUUCGUUCUCUACUUCAUCAAACGUUUCUUGGAGGAAGCUCCUCAAAGGCUGAGAAAGCAUGAUCCUUCUAUGUUUCAUUCAAGAUGGUUCAAACCGGCAGAGGCUUCGAGCUUGAGGAAAACAAUUCGAGAUUUGCUUAUCGAAGAAUUCAAAAAGUCAACGAGUCUAAGAGUAGAAUCAUCCGUCUGCUCUAAUUCAUGGGAUAUUUCAUGAAUUAAAGCUUAAGGAGGCCCUCCUUGGUCUAUAAAUCAUCUCAUGGGCUCUGAGUUGCCCUCUCAACCUUAUAUGAGGUGAUCGAGUAUAAUGUAAAAGAAAUUCUACCAUAAGGUAGAGAGUAUGUUGGAGUAGAAGCUUUAAUCUUUGCACAAUUAAUAGUUAAAACUGGUUAUUUGACUUUACUAGUUUGUUAUGUAGUAAUAAUUAGAUCAGAGACAAUGUGGAGUUUUAUAGUUUAUGCCAUACUAUGCUUCUUAGUUUACGCAUUUUUUUGUCAAAUGACUGAGAGGCCAUACAUAUGUCAUAAUUGUGCACUAGUUGGAGAAAUGAUCUUCCUAUCUUGUUUGAAUUGAAUC